AUGAGGAAGCGGCACGACUUGCUUGAGAUCCACAGCGUGGCGGCCCGACCGCACAAGCGGGGCGGCACCGAGACAACGCGGGAGCACCACUUCCCCCUCUACUCGCACCCUAUGUUUCGUGCCGCACUGCACAACGCAGAUGCAGUCCAGGAUGCCGUUGAGGAACAGUCCGACCGCGUCGACCCACGCGCGCUCGACGCGGCUCUUGAGAACAUGGUGACACAGCUCAUGGAGCAGCAGCUGAGUCAGCACGAGGCCGGAGGGGACACACCUCCCACCCUUGCAAAGAAGGACCUUAUCGUCACCGAGAGUGAGCUGCUCGCGCUCCUCGCCGAAGCAACACACGCCACGCCACUGUCACCGUACCCGCAGCAGCCGCCGUCAGCGUUUCCACCCAUUAGACCAGAGGCGGUCUCGGCACUCGCCUCUGCAGCCGCCGCGUGCUCGCCACCACCGCCGCAAGGGUCAUUCAUCCCAAAUCAGGGCUACCACGCCACCCACCCUCCUCUGCACUCCAGCGGUGACGCGAAGCGCUGCGUCGGGCCACCACCGCGCACCCAGGCUUCAUCCUUCAGCGGUGCAGCCUCGGCCUUAGGCGGUGACGAGCCGGACGAGCUCAAUGUUGUGUCGGUCGACGCCCUUCAGCAAGUUGCUCUAGGAAGUCGCAGGGACAAGGACGAGCAAGCGGCGCCGCGGCUCCAGCCUCUGUCCGAAAGCGCGGCAUCAACGACCUCAGGUCGGCCGACAGCGCAGCAUCCUCCUCCUACGAUGUCGCUCUACUCACUCCUCCCGUGCCUGGUGGCUUCACCAGGGCUGACCGCGGCGUCGGUGCUUCCUGCCACCGUCUCUUCAUCCCCGAGCCCGUCACCGUCUGCAGUGACGUUCCGUGAAAUGGACCGCUGGCCGGGUACCAGCUCCGGCCCAGUCGCACAGCAGUCUGUGGACGCGCAGCAGCUUCACAAAGUCCCCGACGCCGUCUUCGCUGCCAUGGACGUGCUCAUGGACGGCAACAGCUGCUGCAUGCGGCGGCGACAGCGCCUGGUAGCGACGAACAGGAACAAGGCUGAAGCACUUUCGCUGAGCCCGAGGUGCCUUCCCGGAAGCGGAGGCAGCGCUUCAGGCGGCUCUUGCUUCGCCUUCGGAUGUGGCAGCAAGGGUGCAAGUCUCAACUGCAUGUACGUCCCUGUAUCGCAGAACACGCUUCCUGCUCCACCGCCGCCACGCACCGCCGCGGAGGCGAAGGCGCGCCGCAUCCUGGAGGGCCAGCGGCGCAAGCAGCGGCUGCAAGAUCAGCAGCAGCAUCCUGUGUCCAACUCCUCUUUGCUGGCUGGCGGCGGCAAUACCGCGCCCCUCAGCUCCUCCUUCGCCGAGCUUCGCGGUGCCACUAUCCGUCUACCGACAGAGCCUCUCAGAUGGCGCCACAUGGACCGGUCCGGUUCAAGGAUCCACGGUAGUACGCACGUGGCACCGCUCCCUGCCGCCUCUUCUGUGAGCCGCAGCUCCGCUGUGGUGGUCGGGACCGCUUCAACACUACCGCUCACCCAAGAGGCCUCACCGACCUUCACUCUUCGUGGUAUUGCGGGUGAGUCCGUGUACAUGCAGGCCAUCAGCUCUGCGAGCCGCUUUGUCAACCCGCUUCCUUGA